UGUGUUGAUGACUGGCGGGCCUGCGGGUCAGGAACGUGUGCCUGGUCCACAGCAGGGGAGAUCUGCAGUGGAGGUUAUGCCCGGACGCAAACCGUCUGGAGAACGUAAACCGUCUGGCGAACGUAAACCGUCUGGUGAAACGACUGCCGCGGGUCGGCGAGACGAUGUCCCCGUGAUUGACCACAAGGACAAGUUUUGUAUGCUGGACUGGGUGGGGGAGACCGGACAACCAUCGAGUGGCCUUGUUCUAUACGUGGUCAUCAAAGAAAAUAUUGUGCCAGUUGGCGGCCUGGUGAGGUGGACUGGGCAAAAUGUGUCGUUUGUAACUUUCGAGUUGGCGAUGGUCCUGAAUGGAAGAGGGGAAAGAAUACCAAACAUUAAACACGUCGCUCUUCGAUGGGCCAAACACCCAGGGUUUGGAAAGUCGCUGGUUGAUGUGUUCAACCCACCAAGGACAUUGGAAGUGAAGUUGCCUAACCUCGUUGACGUCCUCGGGUUUUUUGACAGUAAUGUGAUCGUGGGCAGAGAGCCGGUUGUGCAUCCAGAGGACCGCCUAUCAGAGCCUAAAUGCGUGCUUUCGAGAACCGUGGAGACAGGGCCUUCGAUCACGAUCUGCGAUACGCCGCCUGGUCCAAAACCUGGGCAGAUAGGAGAGAAGGGUCCGUGCCGCAGACUGGUCGUACCGUCAGCCCCUAUGAAGACCAGGCCAACGACGACCAAAACACCAGUUGCCUUGGGCAGCCGAUCGCGCUAUGAUGUGGCCACCAAGGGACAUCUCCCCUUGGUGGGCCAACAGCGCUAUGACUACACUGUGUCGGGCCACGUAGAGGAAGUCCAUGAGUAUUUUGAAGAUGAGGAUGAAGAAAACAGCGAGGAAUAUUCGGAACGAGCAGGAGGACAGGAACAGUAUGCUGCGGGUGUCGGCGGGAUGACAAGGCAUCCAGGAGAGACAAGUAAAGUGGUUGGACAGGAUGAAGACAGUGAACACACUGUGAGCGCAUCGGGUGGGGAGGUUGGUCCGGCAGAAGGAUAUGGGAGCAGCUACGAAGGAUAUGAGGAGGAUGUGCACGCGACCGUGGUUGUGGCUGGGCAUACAGAUGCUGCAGGGCUCGCUGAGCGAAAGAGGAAGCACAGGCGGGAGAGGAAAAGUCUUAUGGAUAAUAAACGGAGUAGGCAAGAAGCGGGUGAAAAAAGACGAUUGAAAAUAAUGCCCGUGGAUGAGGCGGUCCAGCGAACGCGGGAGACUGAGGCAGCUGCGAAGAAAAAGCAGCAGCCAAAGAAAAGAAAGGCAAAAGGUGGUGUUAUGGAAAAGACUUCUGUUUUUCCAGCGGAACAACCACAAUCGGAUGAAGAGGCCAAAAGCAAGACAAUUACUAGGCCGCCAAGUUUGCGAAAUGUGCCAUCAGUGACUUCUUUUGGUAUUCUUAGCAAAGGCUUUUUCCUUGAGUUGGACGAGCAUGGGAACCAAUGUCAAGACAUGAAAUUCAUUUAUGUCCAGUUCAACAGAAUUUUGGAUAUCCCGGACGGGGAAUUCAGAUACAAUCAAGGCUAUCUUGUGCAGCAGACGGUUGACGACAUUUAUGACGCAAUGAUUGCAUCGGGUGAGGCUGCUAUGAGAGAGAGAAUGACUAGAGCUGCCGGUGUGAAUGUCGGUACGUUGUAUAAGAAGCCUGUCCUUUUGUUGGUUGCCCUCCGUGAUACAUUGCAUACUGACGCUUCAGGGAGGAUUGUGAGAGCAAGGAGGGUGUUGCCCGAUGAUUUAGAUCUCGAAUCUGUGAACAAGUACUACUACUACCCUCUCACCGGUCAGCAUAACGUGGCGGCGACAAGAAG